GAAAGGGCCGCUGAGUGCAGCAUGUGUGCAGUCGACAGCGCGUAGGCCUGCUGCGGGCCGUCAGCGCGAGAGGAGGGAGGAAAAGUCUGUUUACACAGACGGCAAACUGCCUGGGGAAUCGUCGGGGAGAGGAAGUCAGCCGGCUCUGUGUCUGCGUGCUCCAACUUCCUGCUCAGAAAAAGAAAAAGCACAGGAUCCUAUUUCAGUCCAGCACAACUCUGUAGACGAGGGCUCCAGCAGUAAGCAUGGAAAAACAAGGAAACUCUCCAGCGACGCCGUAAAGUUUCUAACAGUGACCGGACCAAGUGAGAGAGCGCAGACAUGGACAGUGCCAUCACCCUGUGGCAGUUCCUGCUGCAGCUGUUGCUGGACCAGAGUCACAAACACCUGAUCUGCUGGACAUCCACAGAUGGAGAGUUCAAGCUCCUAAAGUCUGAGGAAGUAGCCAAACUGUGGGGCCUUCGCAAAAACAAAACUAACAUGAACUAUGACAAGCUGAGCCGAGCCCUGCGCUACUACUACGACAAGAACAUCAUCAAGAAAGUGAUUGGGCAGAAGUUUGUGUACAAGUUUGUGUCUUUUCCUGAGAUCCUGAAGAUGGACCCUCAGUCCAUGGAACUGGGCAGGGUCCCACUGCAGGACACCGAGGCAGCAGAGCUGGAGUUGGAGGAAGAGGAGGAAGAGGAGGGAGAGGAGGUGCAGAGGAAGGCCCUGGGUGCCCUGGGACAGCAGCAGUGUCGCACUGACUACCUGCACUCAGGCCUAUACUCCUCCUUCAGCCUCAGCUCUCUGCAGAAGCUGAGGGAGAGACAGGACGAGCCGCGCUCUGUCAUCCGCUUUGGAAACAAUAAUAGGAGCCCUCCACCAACAUCUAAACCUGAGUCUUAUGUGUCCCCCAAACCCCUGUCCCACUCCCCUCAGUCCCCCCACAGCCACAGCUGGAGCCCAGUACAAGAGGAAGAGGACUUAGACAGUGCUCAGCCGCUCAACCUGUCAGCAGGACACAGGGAGCGGGCACAGCGGACGCCCGACAAGAGGAGGAACAGUAGUAGCUCAGGAGAUGGACUUCCCCCAAAAAACAAAAAGCCCAAAGCCCUGGACAUCUCUGCCCCGCCACUGAUGCUGGCAGGAAGUGACAUCGGCUCCAUUGCCCUCAACAGCCCUGCCCUGCCCUCCGGCUCGCUCACUCCAGCCUUCUUCACUGCACAGACUCCGUCAGGCCUACUGCUGGCCCACAGUCCGCUCCUAUCCGGGAUCCACUUUUGGAGCAGCCUGAGCCCUGUCGCCCCCCUGAGUCCGGCCCGUCUACAGGGGCACAGUUCCCUUUUCCAGUUCCCCAGUCUAAUCAACGGGCACAUGCCUGUCCCUCUGCCGGGGCUGGAAGGAAGCCCCUCCUCCCUGCUCCUGUCGCCCUCCACACACAAGUCCUGAUGCACCCACUUCAUCUCAUGUACAAUCUCCUCUUUAUCAUCAGCAGUUGCCAUCUUUAAGAGUCGUAUGCGACGCCUGUGACCUCACGUUUUUGCACUUGACUUGCUCCAGAUACCAGAGGUUAAAGCUCCUGGUAAAGCCAUACGCUGGAUGUCUGAGAGACAUCUUUGUGAAUAACUUGAGCACAUUUCCACAUGACCCUGUCCACUGUGGACAGUCGUGAGCCUGCAGCUGGGUGCAGGGAUCUCCAUUUUUAAGACUUCCUUUUCCUAAGUGUGCAUCAAAGUGGAAUGGUUUCACUUUGUAGUGUUGUAUGUAUUGUAUGCAGUAUGCACUAUGCUUCUCAGAUACCGGCUGUGCCUUGUACUUUUGUCUGUUCUAAAUUUUAAUGAAGACGAGAUUUCAAAUCAAAAACUGUAACACUUAUUGUUCCUUUUUAUACUGGACUUGGUAUACAGUAUGUAUUCUGUAUAAUUUUGUAUUAUAAAAUGUCUCAUUGUCUUUUUCAAUAAACAUAGCAUUGAAUGCUUACACAAAGUC